GUUGCCUCUCUUACAGUCACACAUAAAUUUCAGUACUACCCGUCUAUUUAAGGGCACAAGAAUCCCUUGAAAUCGUCAUUCAACAGCUUCCCUUGCUCGCUCUCGCCAAUUUACAGUAGUACAGAACAGGUCCAGUUCCCAAUCCCAUGGCUGCAAAUGCGCUGUCUUUCAGGAGUGUCUCCAAAGUGCGGUCAUUCAGCAGAUGCUCCAAGCCGCUAAGAGAGCAGCGGGCGCGCCUUUAUAUCAUUUGGAGAUGUACGGUGCUGCUCGUAUGCUGGCAUGACUGAGCUUCAGAUGUAUGUAGCGUAGCAGGCAGGAGCACAGUGCACAACUCAACACACUAGUGUAGUGUGCUUCCUCCUCAGUGUUGUAAAUUUUGACACAUGAUUUGGUCAUCCUUGUAUAGUUCAGUUUUGACCAGAGAUGGCCACGACGUAUAGUCAGUCAGUCUCCAUUAGUCGAGAAGUCGAGGGUAUGAAUUUAGAAGCCGGAGUACGAAAUCACGAACACAUGAUAGAAAAACCCAAUCUUUUUAUCAUGUCCUUUCGGCUGCACCUUUCGGAACUUUCUGAUUUUCCUGUAAAGACGGUGAAUGUUUUGAUUGUUCUUUUCAUCAAAUUGGUUACGAUAUAAUGGAAAAGCAGUUCCAAAGUCUUU